ACCAUGGUGACCAGUGAGCGUUCAGGAAGGGAUUGUGAAUCCAACAGCUAAAUUGCGUAGGUUUGAAACCAUAAUCUAUUUUUGGCUAAUUGUACUAGAGUAAUGGGCUUCUAGGCUGGUUCUUCGAACUAUUAUUUGGACAAAAUAUGAGUUCACGUAGUACUAAAAGUUCAGGGAAAACUGGAACCAUGGCACGGUCGAAGGGAGCAGUCCAAUCAUCAGAGGCAGGUGCCUCCCCCCAGCGCAGACAGAGCACUGGUGUGACCCAGGGUGGCCAGUCCAAAGGCAAAGCUGCUGCUGCCAAGACAAGACGUAACACCUCUGCCAGUGCCAAGACAGUGCAACCACCAAAGAAAAAUGUAGAGCUGACUCCAGAGGAGCUAGCUGCAGUGACCAUCCAGCGGGCCACCCGAGGCCUGCUGGCCAGGCGAGAGCGGGUUCGGAGACAGAAGGAAAAACAGGACUAUGAAGACCUUAUGGAUCGCUUGGAGAAAGAGGCUUUUGUGGCACUAGUACGAAGAGAACAGGAAGAGGCGGAGUGGAAAAGGAAGAAGGAGGAGGACGAGAGAAAGGGGAAGAAGGAAGAGCAGCUUCUGCGAACUCGACUUCUGGAAGCAGCGUUCGAUGGAGAGGCAGAGGAAGUGUUAGCAAUUUUGAAGGAGGUCUCUGAUAGGGACACAAAGCGUGGCCUUGGGUUGGAUGAAGCAGGCAAACGCCAGCGGCUGCUAAACCAACUUUUCAUGAUUAACAUCACAGAUGCCAAUGGCAACACAGCAGUAUCAGAAGCAGCAGGUGGGGGUCAGCCGGAAGUCAUCACCUUAUUGGUGGAAAGGGGUGCGGACAUAAACACACGGGGUGCAUUUGGACGGACUCCAAUCUACAGAGCUGCGUUUGGAGGCCAUCUGGGGGCAGUGCAGACUCUUCUACAGCUUGGGGCAGACCCGAGGACCCAUGCAGAUGAUGGUAGCACUCCAGAGCAGGUGGCUUCUGAAGAGGCUGUGGUUGCCACUUUACAGAACUGGGAUCUGAGUGCCACUGACUCCAUGCUGUCGAAGAUGAAGGCAGAGGAACAGAGGAGGGCGGAGGAAGAGGAAAAGCAGAACGAGGCGGAGACUGACCGGAGGAAACAGUGCAAACGUGCAAACCAAAAAUGGCCUGUGUUUUCCCUCAGCCUAAAAGAGGAGGUGGAUCAGCUCCAGAAAGAGCAUGAGCGAUGCCAAAGAGAGCUGCAGAAGGCCUUCGUUGAGCUGAAUAAGAGGAUCACAGAACAUGAUACAUGUGUGAGGAAGGGUAUGGAGGAGCAGGCUAAAGUCACCUUGCUGGUGGUUCAUGAAGCUGAAGAUGUGUUGGCGAAAGCUCAAAUAGCAGCUCAUGAGGCUGCAGGGAAACUAUCCCUUGCCAAGCUGACACUGAGAGAGCAGUCUGGUGGUGAUGCUGUCCUGGACCGUGGUGGGGUUCGUUGCCCGGUUCGUGACCUUGAGGAAGUUCUUAUUAAAGAUGUAGGCGGCAAGAUCAAGCAGGAUGGCAGGUGGCCCCUGCUUGUGGAUACCUAUGGUCAGGCUGCCACAUUUCUACGCUACAGAGACACUAACUACCUGGACGCCUUGCACCCUGGAGACAUGCAGCCUGAGAAACUGAGACUCGCUCUACUGGGGGCCAUCAGGUUCGGAAAGCCCUUGGUUAUUAACAUGAUGGAGGUCGACUUGUUUGAGAGUGUACAGAACCAGCUAGACCAGGUGAACCCAGGGCUGAGUGAGCAGCUGAUGAACAAGGAGCUCCUGCAAGAAGAGAGGUACCUAAGCCUGGUGCGCUCCACAGAUGGUCCUCAGUAUGCCAGAACUGAGUUCAUGCUGGACCGCAUUGAGAAGUUCAGCCUGGUCUUGGUGACCAAACAGCGCCACCCUCCUGAUGCACUGCUCACAGCAUUCUAUCCCAUCCAUGUCAUGCUGCCGGAACCCAAAAUAUGACCUUGCUGUGGCUCAAAAGUGUAAAUACUGUUGUUGUUGUUGUUUUACCACAAAACAUGUUUUACUAAUAUAAAAUAUAUGACACCAAAAAAUAAGGAUUUUAUUUUUGGUAUGAUUAUUAUGUAAAUGAUUAG